CCGCCAGCCUCCAGGUGGCCCGGCCCCCACAGCGGGCGCGGCAGGCGGCAGCCGCCCCUCGGCCCGCGCCGGCCCCCGCCGAGGACCAUGGGCGGUGCGCUUUUCCCGGCGCGGGAUGCUGCGCACGGGCGGCGCCGGAGAAGAUCCUUCUUUUCGUCUUUUAUUUGGCUUUUUCAACUGAUCUCAAAAAACUGUUAUGAUUGAGGCCAUUCUUACUGAAGGUCUGACUCUUUGCCCAUGUUGCCAAAGCUUUGAAUCUACAGAAAAUGAAAGUAGUAUGUCGAAGAGGAAGAUACUUCCUCGUGCGAGCUCGGUGAAUGAAUGCUGAACCUAGCCUGGAGGUUCAGAAGAAAAUCAGCAGGAUGGAACUGAAAUACGGAUAUACUUUGACUAAGGAGUUGGAAUAAGACUGAGUUCCGCUCUGUGAUACCAUGACCAUGGACUUGCUGUUUGGCUUCAUGCUUUAGGAACUUUCAUAGUAACUGUGUGAAGCUGUUGGGAAUCAUGGCAUUCUCUCCAUGGAAGCUGUCCUCUCAGAAACUUGGCUUUUUUCUGGUGACUUUUGGUUUCAUUUGGGGAAUGAUGCUUCUGCAUUUUACUAUUCAGCAGCAAACACAACAUGAAAGCAGUUCAGUCCUGCGUGAGCAAAUUUUGGAUCUUAGCAAAAGAUAUAUCAAAGCAUUAGCUGAAGAAAAUAAAAAUGUGGUUGAUGGGCCUUAUGUUGGGACAGUGACAGCAUACGAUUUGAAGAAGACACUUGCUGUCUUGUUAGAUAAUAUCUUGCAGCGCAUUGGGAAGCUAGAGUCCAAGGUGGAAAACCUUGUGCUUAAUGGAACAGGAGCAAAUUCUACCAACAAUACUACCACUCCUGCUCCUAGCUUGGGAGCUGCUGAAAAGCUUAAUGUAGCAGAUCUCAUAAAUGGAGCCCAAGAACAGUGUGAAUUGCCUCCUAUGGAUGGUUUUCCUCACUGUGAAGGGAAAAUAAAGUGGAUGAAAGAUAUGUGGCGAUCGGAUCCCUGUUAUGCAAGUUAUGGUGUAGAUGGGUCCACAUGCUCCUUUUUUAUUUACCUCAGUGAGGUUGAAAAUUGGUGUCCUCGUUUACCUUGGAGAGCAAAAAAUCCUAAUGAAGAAACUGAUCAAAGAACAGUGGCUGAAAUUCGUAUCAACUUUGAUAAUCUCUACAAAAUGAUGUCAAGACAUGAGGAAUUCAGGUGGAUGAUGUUACGCAUCAGAAGAAUGGCUGAUACCUGGAUUGAAGCGAUUAAAUCACUUGCAGAAAAACAGAGUUUGGAAAAGAGAAAACGAAAAAAGAUUCUUGUUCAUCUGGGGCUCUUGACAAAAGAAUCUGGAUUCAAGAUUGCAGAAAAUGCAUUUAGCGGUGGCCCACUUGGUGAAUUAGUCCAGUGGAGUGAUUUAAUUACAUCUCUCUACUUACUGGGCCAUGAUAUCAGGAUUUCAGCUUCACUGGCAGAGCUCAAGGAGAUUAUGAAGAAGGUUGUAGGUAACAGAUCUGGCUGCCCUACCCAGGGGGAUAAAGUUGUAGAACUCAUUUACAUUGAUAUAGUGGGACUCACGCAGUUUAAGAAAACGCUUGGUCCAUCAUGGGUACAUUACCAGUGUAUGCUAAGAGUUUUGGAUUCCUUUGGAACUGAACCAGAGUUUAACCAUGCCCAUUAUGCCCAGUCUAAAGGCCACAAGACACCAUGGGGAAAGUGGAACCUUAAUCCACAGCAGUUUUAUACAAUGUUCCCUCACACUCCAGAUAACAGCUUCCUUGGAUUUGUGGUAGAGCAGCAUCUGAAUUCCAGUGACAUUAAACACAUUAAUGACAUCAAAAGGCAGAAUCAAUCUCUUGUUUAUGGCAAAGUAGAUAAUUUCUGGAAGGAUAAGAAGGCUUACCUGGACAUCAUCCACACCUAUAUGGAAGUCCAUGGAACUGUUCACGGGACAAGCACCAUGUAUAUUCCUGGCUAUGUAAAAAACCAUGGCAUACUCAGUGGGCGGGAUUUGCAGUUUCUACUGAGGGAAACCAAACUGUUCGUCGGUCUUGGAUUUCCAUAUGAAGGGCCAGCUCCUUUGGAGGCUAUUGCUAACGGAUGUGCUUUUCUAAAUUUAAGAUUUAACCCACCAAAAAGUAGCAAAAACACAGAGUUUUUCAAAGGCAAACCUACACUCCGUGAGUUGACAUCUCAGCAUCCCUAUGCUGAAGUUUACAUUGGGAAGCCCCAUGUGUGGACUGUAGACAUCAACGAUCUUUCUGAAGUUGAGAAAGCUGUGAAAUCAAUUUUGAAUCAAAAGAUUGACCCUUAUUUGCCCUAUGAAUUUACCUGUGAGGGGAUGCUUCAGAGGAUGAAUGCAUUUAUUGAAAGACAGGAUUUUUGUCAUGGGCAAGUGAUGUGGCCCCCAUUAAGUGCCCUUCAAGUAAAAAUUGCUGAACCUGGAAAAUCCUGUAAACAAGUUUGUCAGGAAAGCCAGCUCAUCUGUGAGCCUUCCUUCUUUCAGCAUCUCAACAAGGACAAAGCCCUACUUAGGCAUAAUAUCGAAUGUCUUACCAUGGAGUCCGCAAAUGAUAUUCUGGUCCCCUCUUUUGAUGGAAGAAGGAAGCACUGUGUUUUCCAGGGUGAUCUCUUAUUGUUCAGCUGUGCCGGAUCCCACCCCACGCACAGAAGAAUCUGCCCAUGCAGAGACUAUAUUAAGGGGCAGGUUGCGCUUUGUAAAGACUGCCUAUAGCAGCAGCAGAGCUUCUUUUGAGUUGAGAACAAAAUGUAAGUAGUUUUGAGAGGAGCUACUUAUUACUUCCUGCACUUUUGUCCAGGUUUUUCGCUGCAGGCAGAGCUAUCAUUGCUGGGCAGAAUCAUCUACUAAGAGAGGAGGGAUUCAUAACAAACAGCUAACUGAUCUUUUUUUCCUAUAAGAACAUCUGCAGUGCAACUCUUCAGAUUCCUUCAUGUGGCUGUGAAGAGAAAGGAGUUUCAUGUUCUACAGUGAUUUGAAGAUGACUGCACAGAAUAGUUUGUAGAAAAUUCCCAGACCCAUCAAACUUCUUUUUUGUUGUUGUUGUUUGGGUGAAGUGUUUUCUAUUUUUGUAAUGAGUUAGGCCAUCCCCCAUCACGGUUAGCUAAAGGAUCUCAACUUCAUUCCAGUAGAAAAUUGAGAAAGUGUACUUGAUGGCAGGGGUGCAGGGGCAGGAGGACUGAUGUUUUAUUCUAAGUGCACUGGUUUGGGUACUGCUUUAGUGUGAACAGCUAUGAAGUUGUUUACUUCAGAAGAACUCGGACUCAUAACUCUGUACCCUGUUCUUGGGUUAGCUGGGCCCGGUUCUUUUUUUUUUGUCUUUUUUUU